CUAUAAUUGAAAUGGCGCGUUUAGCUAGAGGCAGGUUGUAAGGGCGCUUUUUGCAAUAGCAGAAUGCAUGUCGAUAGACGUCAUUUGGUUUUAAUGGCCUACAGGAAAUUUGGCAUUACAACCCGAGACAUUAGAAGACAGAGGACCGGGAAAAAAACGUUUGAAAACCGUAUGAAAAGUAUUCAAGGAGAACUGCGUUUCAACAUAUUUUUUUAUUGACAGUUUAUCAACAAGUUAUAGGCUACUGCGAUUUUAGUAUAGUAUGGGACAUAGGAAGCGAGUCUUGCUUUACUUAUUCAGCUAGGCUAGAUAAUGGAAAUGUAUGCCUUGCUCUAAAUGCCUGGGGAAAUAUUACAUCAGACGAAAUGACAAUGAUUAAAAUCUGCUUUUUUUCCUGCUCUAAAUCUAUUGAGCGACGUGACACUUGCCUGAUACUGAACAGCAUUUAACUAGCCUAUUACCCCUGCACCAUAACUUUUAACCGUUAAGGGGACCGGUAUAUAUGUUUUUUUACUUUUGAUGAAAUUAAUUGAAAAUAUAACGAUUAGUAUUUGUAUGUAGUCGUAAUUUUAAGAACAGAGACUAUAGCGUUUUCGUUUGAAAAAUCGCCUGGGCGCGAGUUGAGUUGAGCUAAUUGUAGCCUAAUCCUUGCCCCAGAGGCGUUUGGGCAGCCCGGAGCAAGAAUUCUUUUUUAGCUCUGCUGUUAUUUAGAGACGGAUUAUUGGCUUUCUUCUUCUCAUAACAGACCGGCAGUUUCAUUAAAGCAAAAAGACAGUCAAGAAGCUGAAAUACGAAGGAGGAUUUUAACAACAGGAAUUUGAAGUGUAGCCUAUACAAAUAAGAGCAGAGAGGGGGAAGGAGAUUUCUCAUAUGUACAAGAAAAUAGAGGCCUAUUUUUGUUUCGAGCUAACGUCUUCGAUGCUUAAAUAUUUUCACACCGCCAAUUUUCUCCCAAUGAGUCCGGAAGGAAGAAGCAUGUCACGCCUGUCUUUGACCCGGUCCCCGGUUUCUCCUUUGGCCGCACAAGGAAUUCCUCUACCGGCUCAACUGACUAAGGCGAAUGCUCCGGUACACAUUGAUGUCGGCGGACACAUGUACACCAGCAGCCUGGCUACUUUGACAAAGUAUCCAGAUUCCAGAAUCAGCCGUCUGUUUAAUGGCACCGAGCCCAUCGUCUUGGACAGCUUGAAGCAGCACUACUUCAUCGACCGGGAUGGGGAGAUAUUCCGGUACAUUCUCAGCUUUCUCAGGACCAGCAAACUGCUCCUCCCGGACGACUUCAAGGACUUCCACCUGCUGUACGAGGAGGCCCGGUACUACCAGCUGACGCCCAUGAUCAAGGAGCUGGAGCGCUGGAAACAGGAGCGGGAGCAACGAAGGAUGGCCCAGCCCUGCGACUGCCUGGUGGUCCGGGUGACCCCCGACCUGGGCGAAAGGAUCGCCCUCAGCGGAGAAAAGGUCCUCAUCGAGGAGAUCUUCCCAGAGACUGGAGACGUCAUGUGUAACUCGGUCAAUGCCGGCUGGAACCAGGACCCCACGCACGUCAUCCGCUUCCCCCUCAACGGAUACUGCCGGCUCAACUCCGUCCAGGUGCUUGAGCGUCUGUUCCAGAAGGGUUUCAGCGUGGCGGCGUCCUGUGGAGGCGGCGUGGACUCCUCCCAGUUCAGCGAGUACGUGCUGUGCCGCGAGGACCGGCGGAGUAUGUCCAUCAACACCCCCAUCAGGAUAAAACAAGAGCCUCUGGACUAGAGCACUCUGGGCGGAGGGACUAGCUACGAGGGGCUCUUCCACCUCACCAUCAGGACAGAUCCUAACCCUUGCCCACCCCCCAAGCCCUCUUCCACUCACCCCCACCCACUAUUACCCCCCACCCCUCAAGACAUCAGUCCAGCCAGAAACACCUAAGUAUUAGCAGAGGCUUGGUACAUUUUCCAGCUCUGCGCAACUCAGCGCUCUAAGGGGAAUGUAGUAUCAAACAAAGAAGAAGAAGUAAAAAGAAAAGAACGAACAAAAAACAAAAGUGUUUGAUUCUGUUUAAUAACACCCAAAGAAUAUGGGACAAUGACGAACAAAGGACUGACAGAAAGCAUCUCUCUCUCGCUCUCUCUCUCCCUAUUUCUCCUUCCCUCUGACCGUUAUAGCACCGUGACCAGUCACUUUUUUGUCCUCUCUUGUGGCUCUCUGACCUCCAGUGAAAUGGUGUGUUCCCCUCCACCCUCUCCCAGCCCAUCCACCCCCUCAGCGCAGCGCCCGGCAAGGUGUCAUCCUGUCCUGCAUCUGUGUGAGGCACACAUGUUGUGUCUGCCACACAUGUUGUGUCUGCCAAUGUGGCAGGUCUCAUCUAAGGAGCCUGACCUAACAGAGGUACUCUCCAAGGGCUGGCAGCCAGGAAAGAGGACUUGAGGAUCACACAGCCCUCUUCGACACACUGACUUCCGUUUCCCUCAAACCAGCCAACCAGCGGACCUUGGUCGCAAGAGCCUAGCCAAAACAAGUAUUGUUUUCCAAGAAUGAUUGGUGGUUAUUAUGAUUUUACUCACUGUUGUUUAUGACAACUGACUCUUACUCCUUUUUGCUGUUUUUAUCACAACAUGAUGUAAACAAAUUAUUAAUAGGGUUAUUCUGUGUGUGUCUUUCUCUCCUAUAUGAAGGAUGUAUAAACGUGUUCAGAACUCUUUAUGUUGGAGCGUUUGAGAGGAAGGGUUUUCUUGGGACGAUGUCUCCAUGCCGCAAGACGUGGCUAAAGCAGUCUGGCUGCGAAUGCAUUCAGAGCUGGAGAAGGUCUUGUUGUUUAAACAGGGCUACAAGGGAACCUAGAAACAAAUAUAAUUUAUCACACAAAAAAUGUGCUUUGGCAUUGGCCUAAUUAGCUGUAAAACAUAUCUUAGAAACUUCAAUUAAAUUUAAGAGAAAAGACUAGGAUGUUUGCAGCAAAAUAAUAUUUCCAAAAUGGAAACUCAGAAAUUAGGAAAAAGUAUAUCAAGGGGAAGUUGUCUAUGAAGGCUCUGAAUGUGUUUAAGGUUUGUUGCUGCCAGAAUGUUCAUGACUUGAGAACCAACUUGGAAAGCAGAGUUUUCCAGUAUGUCUCCAUGAUUGUGAGGAGGUGUACUCUAAAUGCUUGAGAUCUUUUGUUUGCACUUAAAACACGUUGUCCACAGAACUGUUCACGGUACCCCUCUGGAAAAAACGGUUGACGUAGCGAUGGUUGCCAAAUCAACCAUUUGUCUUGAAAGUUUUUGUGAGCACAUGGAAUCUUAUAAAGAGAAAAGUGGCCAAAAGAGAUAGCUAACUUUGUUGUCAAAGCAAAUCAGGUGCCUAUUCGUUGAUUGUACAAAGUACAAAAAAAAUAUUGUUUUCACAAUUGCUGUUUGUCUUAUUCAGAAGUAAAUUAUUUCAGUUGACCAGCCCUGAAAGGCUACAAAAUAUGCAUAGUCACAAUGCAAUUGAAGAAUUAAAAAACAUAUAUGAUGACAUCUUGGAAGCUUUAAUGUUGAACAUUUCAGUAGAGUCUCAGACAUAACCUUCAUAAACACUGGUUGUUUUUUAGGUUUCAAUAUCGUCACUUCUAAGACAGGAUUAUUUCAGUCGUUCUGCGUAUAGCAGAACCCACACUGAACUCUAUGCUAAGCAUCAGACCAUUGUUCAUAGAGAACAUAGAGUGGGAGGCUCUUAGUCUUAGACACACUGCGCUUCUCAAGCCUCAUAGUAUAUUCUCAACAUUUCUGGAUCAAAGAUUGGAACAAGAAAGACCAACUUUUCGUACUUUGUAUAUGUGUGUAACUUACAGAUGCUGUUUCUUCCAUUCCAAAAUACUGAUCAAAAAGAAGCCCGUUCUGAUCUGGGUGGGCAGAGGCAGUUAAUUUGAGUUUGGUUGGAAAUCUCCCUUGGGCAUUUUCAUUUCGACAGUCCAAAAAUGUUCAUUAAAAUGGGGAGCACUUUCAACAGCUCUCACAUAGAUGUAAUGUGUCCUCUUUCCAUCUCUCUACAUUCCCUGAUUAAACAACCCCAAGGAGUUGGGUGUAGCUGGGAGUCCAGCACAGACCUCCUGGGGGGGGCACCCCCAAUCAGGACCCUCUUUGUUCUGAUCUGCUUCUGGCCUGGUCCUUUACAUCCAGUCUCCUCAAAGGGAAUGACCAACCAGGCCUUUCAUGUGCUGAGGGAUGUUAGGCUUCAGAGGAGCUGCCCCCCCUCACAUAACCCCCCCAGGCUCCCAGCAUAGCAGUGCCAGUAGAGGCGUAGGUUGUGCCCCUCCUGUCAUCGCCCCCCCCCCCCCCCCCCCCCCCACUGCGUCAUCCUGUGGGCCCCUCUCUGGACCACACCAGGCCAAACAAACUGAUGAGUCAAAACUCUACUGAAACUGUCCAUGUGAUCCCCCAGGGUCCCUGGAGUCCGCUCUAGGUCUGAUCUCAACAGUACUGUAACCAGCUCAAAUACAAACGAUCUUAGGUACUCUCCAGCCUUUUCAUGUGGUUCAGUCCACCAUGACACAAGGCUUUAACAUACAGAGGAAGCAUACUGAAACCUUGUACGGAUGGGCUAAUUGCAGUUGUUAUAUCUCUCAGUGAGACUGCGGUAAUUUUCAAUACUAUAUUGUUAACAUAUACCUCCGCUAUGUCAGUGGCCAGACGGGGUCUUUAAGGGAGUCCACUCACUGGUCUAUGUAGUGGGAUAUCCAGAGGCCCCUCAGUUGUACAGUUAUUUGUAAAUUCAAUUGUUAUCAGGACUGGGUUUUACUGAGCCCUCUUGUGAUGGACCUCUAAGUCCUUACAUUGCAAACUAAAACGCUGACAAAUAAUCUUCAAACUCAGUACUUCAAGUUCAAAUUUGCAAGCAUUACGUUGUGUACAUACAGAAAAACAUUUCACAAGGGUAUAAUAAAGGUGCAGAUGUAUUAUUUAAAAUGUUUUAAACAAUUAGACUGUGGUAUUAAAGGGCAUGUGUUUAUUUACAGUGACUCCAUUUGAUUUUCUUGCAUAUUUGCGAUAAUAAAAGGAUGUACUGUACA